UUCAGUUUCACCUCGGCUGAUUUGAAGUUGCGCUCCUGAUUGCUCUUGGUUGUAUAGAAUUGAGAAUUCAUUCAACAUGGCCACUUUAAACUUUGUUUCGCUGUUGCUGAUCGUUUGUUGUAUUGCGUCAACGAUCGAGACCCAUUCGGUUCCCCUCGCAGGUGACAGAGAAGCUAAAAAUGUGUUGUUCUUUCCAUUCCGACCGAUUCUGCCCCACGCGUAUGGUCUCGAAUCUCGCUAUGGAUACGGAAGUCGUCAGACCAAUUCGCCAAUCAAUCCUUCCAUCGCCCAAAAUGGUCUCGGCCCGUUUUUCGGUUAUUUCCCUAAUUUGUUGACACAGCCGUGUCCAGCCUGUGCUGAAUGCGCAACUACCGAGAUGCCACCAACAACCAGCCCAGCGCCCAUUGUGGAACCUGUCACUUGUCCUUCAUUUGAAAUAAUAACAAAAGAUUGUCCAGUAACGCCUUUUACAAAUGUAGUAGGCAGCAACGGAACUUUCGAGUUGGACAUUCCCGCGACCCCAAAAACCAUUCUGCAAUGUUUGCUUACAUUCAUUUCGAUUUAUAACGAUAACAAAAUUGAAUUCAAAUGCUCAGACAUACCGGCUCAAACCAAUAUGCUUUUUACAACUAGUAACAUGACACCAGCGCCAACCAAUGGAAGGCUCGUGCAGGAUACACUCUACACUUCGCCAGCAGGAGAAGUUGAUUUAUCCAUUAAUAAUGUUUUGGAUGAUACAAAGAAUCUCAAACUCGCAUGCACAUGGAAAUCAAUCAAACCAUAAUUAAUAAGUAAUGCAGAUAAAAAUAACGCUCCUCAGCAUCCGUCCUCAGCAGCCUCAGCAGCGUGUUGUUCCGACUUUUUGUUUGUCGACUUAUUCAAAUGCAUUUUCAUUAUUUUUGGAGAUAAUUUUUUCUUUCGUCUCCUAAUGAAUAUAAACAUUGAAAUAUUUAUCUGGGCCACGAAAUUUGAUGGAAAAUGAAUUCUUUUAAAAUAAAUAAAUAACUUAUUAUUA